GGGAGAGGGAGAUAUAUAUAUAUACAUAUACACAUGUUGAUGUUACAACCAUAAUCAUACAUAAUACUGCAUUUAAUUCAUAUAUCCAUAUAUUCUUCGAUCCCACGCAACUACGAUCGGGAGAUAGCUGAAACCACUUGAUGUUAGAGUUGACCUUCGAGCCAGAUUAAAUAUUGUUAAACCAAAUAUUUUUUGUAAAUUAUUCAAGUUCGAAUUCAAAAUCCCUUUUUGUGCGCAAGUCUAAGUGGUGAUUGUAAUUUCAUCUAAAGACAAAAAAAAUGUAGAAAAAAAAUUUAGAUUAAUCAAACACAAAAGCUAGGAUAUAUUUUAGUUGGAUGUGUAUAAGCGUGUGUGUAUCAAUAAUUUAAAUCAUAUGUCCAAUAUCAAAGUUACCAAAAAACAAAUAAUUGGCAUAUUUAGCAAUAUCCCUUUUUUUUUUGUGUUCAUAUAGGCUAGCUAGCUGUUAAUUAUGUCUUUAAUUUUCAUUAUAUUUUGAUAUUCCAAUUUCCUUCUUUGUUUUUGUUUGAACCUUUUAUGAUUAUAUAAAUAAACGCGUAUUCCUUUUCUAUUUAGUUUUUAAAAUCUUGGUUUGAUAUUAUUCCCCAUUUUUAAGGGGAGUGUGACAUGAUAUUUAUAAGAAUAUGAAUCAAUGAAUUAAUGAAUAUACUAUUAAUAGUACUCUUCAAUUCAUAAUUCAUUUCUCACUUUUUCAAUAGUCUCCAACUAGUUUCUAUAGUUCAUAGGUGUAGAGGGUAAGUUGCUUGCAGCAGAGGGAAAUGCUUUGGAAUCUAUCUCACUUUAAUUGCUGCUCCUUCCCUUUGAUUCAUAGUUUUCAUUGCAGAGAAAUUUGAUCCUAUUGGAAAAUCAGUAUGGGAUUUGAUAAUCCAAGAUCUGAGAGGUUCGAAGAUGAUUCCGAUACAUCAAAAAAUCCUACAACAAAUGGAGUUAAGGUUAAAUACCACAUUUAUGGAACACAAAUACCAAAACCAAGUUCAAAAAAGGCUCAAAAGAAUGCUACAAGGAACAAGUUUUUGAAAACAAGAGUAUUAUCAAGAGUAUUCUCAGAAGACUAUGAAAGAGUAAAAAAAAGAGUAUUAGUAUUAGAUCCUAGGGGACAAAUCAUACAACGUUGGAACAAGAUAUUUUUAGUAGCAUGUUUAGUUUCUUUGUUUGUAGAUCCACUGUUCUUUUAUUUACCAGUGGUUAGAGAGGAAGUUUGCAUUGAUAUUGGAAAGAAACUUGAAGUUGUUCUUACAAUUGUUAGAUCAGUUGGAGAUUUGUUUUACAUGAUUCAAAUUUUUACGAAGUUUCGUACCGCCUAUGUUGCUCCUUCUUCAAAGGUUUUUGGUAGAGGAGAACUUGUUCUUACUUAUUCUAAGAUUGCUGUUAGGUACUUCAGCAAAGGUUUUUGGUUAGACUUUAUUGCUGCAUUGCCUCUUCCUCAGGUGUUGAUUUGGAUUAUUAUACCAACACUUAGGGGUUCAACCAUGAGAAAUACCAAAAAUGUCCUUAGAUUUUUCAUCAUUUUCCAAUAUAUUCCAAGGCUGUAUUUGAUUUUUCCACUUUCAUCACAAAUUGUAAAAGCUACAGGAGUUGUGACAGAAACAGCUUGGGCAGGUGCUGCUUACAACCUCAUGCUUUACAUGUUGGCCAGCCAUAUUUUAGGAGCUUGCUGGUACCUUCUAUCAAUUGAACGUCAAGAAGCAUGUUGGAGAAGUGUAUGCAAUAUGGAGAAACCAAAUUGUCAAUAUGGAUUCUUUGAUUGCCACAGGGUUAAAGAUGCUCUCAGGAUCAAAUGGUUUAUAGCUAGUAAUGUCACAAAUUUAUGUUCGCCAAAUGCCGGUUUUUAUCAGUUUGGUAUAUAUGCUGACGCCGUGACUUCUCAAGUUACAUCCUCUCCAUUCUUCAAUAAGUACUUCUUUUGUCUCUGGUGGGGCUUAAGGAAUCUCAGUUCUUUGGGACAAGGCCUGCUUACUAGCACUUUUAUUGGAGAAAUAAUGGUUGCCAUUGUUGUGGCAACCCUUGGAUUGGUUCUUUUUGCAUUGUUGAUUGGUAAUAUGCAGACAUACCUUCAAUCGAUAACUGUUCGCCUAGAAGAGUGGAGAGUGAAAAGAACUGAUACAGAACAAUGGAUGCAUCAUAGACAAUUACCUUCUGAACUAAGAGAGUCUAUUCGUAAAUAUAACCAAUAUAAAUGGGUGGCUACACGAGGAGUAGAAGAAGAAGAUCUUCUCAAAGGACUUCCAUUGGAUCUUAGGAGAGACAUCAAACGCCAUCUUUGUCUUGAACUAGUUCGAGGAGUUCCUUUGUUUGAUCAAAUGGAUGAGAGGAUGUUAGACGCAAUAUGCGAAAGACUAAAGCCUGCAUUAUGCACCGAAGGCACUUACCUUGUUCGUGAAGGCGAUCCAGUAAAUGAAAUGCUAUUCAUAAUUAGAGGCCAUCUUGAUUCUUACACCACAAAUGGAGGCCGAGCUGGAUUCUUCAACUCGUGUCGUAUUGGUCCAGGCGAUUUCUGUGGCGAAGAACUAUUAACAUGGGCAUUGGAUCCAAGACCAAGUGUAAUACUCCCUUCUUCAACAAGAACAGUUAAAGCUAUCUCAGAAGUAGAAGCAUUUGCACUCAUAGCUGAAGAUCUUAAGUUUGUUGCAUCUCAAUUUAGAAGAUUACAUAGUAAACAACUUAGACAUAAAUUCAGAUUUUAUUCACACCAAUGGAGAACUUGGGCUGCUUGUUUUAUUCAAGCUGCAUGGAGAAGGCACAAGAAAAGGAAAGAAGCUGCUGAAUUAAGGGCUAAGGAGAAUCUUGUGGCAGCUUCAGAGGCUGAAACAACAACAAAAUAUGGGACAGGUUUUGUUGUUUAUGGAAAAAAUGUUGCAAGGAGUACUAGGAAAGGUGUUAAUAUCCAUUCAGGGACAAAUUCUGGGGUAGUUAGGUCUUUGCAGAAGCCAACUGAACCUGAUUUUUAUGAUGAAUAAUAAUCAAUGUACAUGGUUAUCUUAUAGUGUCUUAAUUGUGUAAUUUGUUUGUUUUGGAUCAUUUUGUUCAUAUAAAUUAGAGAUUAUAGAGAUAGGAAUUCUUGUAACAAGUUGAACAACUAUGUUUAAUUAUUGUUAUGUCUAUACUCCUUUGAAUACAA